GUUGUUUAUAAACUCUUAUCAAAAAUAAUUUUCUAUUUGUUUUUUGAUAACCCAUUUUUAAACUGAUUUUUGUAAAAAUCUUCAUCGACUUGUAAUAAUUUGAAAUUCUGGAUUUCUGGAGAACGUGAAUUAUAUUAAUUGAAAAUCGAUGUGAAACUCGAGUCAUGGAAACUAGUAAAGAGCCAGUAGUAAAUGCAAAUUUGGAUAAUUAUAAAUUUGAUGGCACAACGUACUAUUACACCGACAAAGAAUCAAACUUUACUUAUGCUUGGAAUAUUGAGAAAAAUGAAUGGGAACCGAAAAAUGAUGCCGUUAAAUCCGACGUCGAACCUAAAGAAAUGGCAAAGAAAUCCGAUUCGGGCUCUAAAAACGAUAACGAAGAGGAAAAUGAUUCGGAUGACAAUUGUGAAGAUGUAAAGCCGGAAGCUGUUAGACAAGAUUUAACGAAAGGGCAUUACAGUUACGAAGGAGAUACGCAUAUUUAUACCGAUCCUAAUGAUGGAACUGUAUAUUUUUGGGAUAAGGAAAAAAAAGCUUGGUUUCCCAAAAUAGAUGAUACCUUUAUAGCGUACUAUCAAAUGAGUUACGGUUUCACAGCACCGGAUAGUGCCCCUAAGGAUGAAGCGCCUUCUAACCAGAACGAACCAGUCGCUAGUAAAGUGAAUCAGAAUCCACCCGAAGUACCUGAAAAUAAUUUAAAGAGGAAAGCCGAACCGGAACCCGCUAAAUGGUUCAACUUGGACGAUGAGCAUAAUACCAAAGUCUACGUCAGUAAUUUGCCGUUGGAUAUUACGGAAGUCGAGUUUGUAGAUUUAAUGCAAAAAUGCGGUUUGGUUAUGAAAGAUUUGGAAAGCGGAAAAAUGAAAAUUAAAUUGUAUACCGAUCCGGCCACGAAGACGCUGAAAGGAGACGCAUUGUGCACUUACAUCAAAAAAGAAUCGGUGGAUUUGGCGUUAAAGUUAUUGGAUGAUUACGAGUUUCGAGGCAAGAAAAUCAAAGUUGAGAAAGCUCACUUCACAAUGAAGGGUAAUGCGUACGAUCCCAGUUUAAAACCGAAGAAAAAACGCCGAAAAGAUAAAGAAAAAUUGAAAAAAAUGCAAGAAAAAUUAUUCGCGUGGCAGCCGGAUAAAUUACGCGGCGAACGCGCUAAGCACGAAUGCGUGGUAGUAAUUAAGAAUCUAUUCGAUCCCAGUAUGUUCGACGAGAAUUUAGGUCUAAUUAUAGAAUACCGAGAAGAUAUCAAAGAAGAAUGCGCGAAAUGCGGAGUCGUUAAAAAAGUCGUCAUUUACGAUAAACACCAAGAUGGCGUAGCGCAAGUUUGGUUCAAAGAAGCAGAAGCAGCGGACGCGUGCGUUCAACUAUUGAACAACAGAUGGUUUGGUAAACGAUUAAUAACGGCCGAAACGUGGGAUGGGAAAACUAAAUACAAGGUUCAAGAAACGAAAGAAGAAGAGGAAGCGCGUCUUAAAAAAUGGGAAUCUUUUUUGAAUAGCGGUAAAGAUGGCGAGAAGACUGACCAAGACGGGAAAAGUGUUUCGAAUAACGUUUCUGAAACUGAAACCAACGCCAAUGAUUCGGACGGUACUCGCAGCAGUGCUGGAAGUGCCGAUGAAACCGACGACGAAGACGAUAAAUCAGGCGCUAAAUAAUUAUCUUUAAUAAUUUUUUCUACCAUCUAAAAAUAAUAUAUUAUAUUUCAUUUUU